AUGAGCCCCUGUGAUUUAAUGAUACCAUUUUUAUUGCCGUUUCUGUUAUUCUCUGCUCUGAGGGUUCAGGCCAAAGUGAAACCUUACCAUCUCCCCGACAGUUUGUUUAACUGUUUCCAUACCUUCUCAAAUGAGUCCUACUUCCAACAACUUCCAGCUGAAAAACUUUCAGCAACCUGCUUAAUGCGUUAUAUGUGGUCAGAUGUUGGGAUAAAUUGUCACAACAUGACUCAGCACGAGUUAGACUUCGUUGGGGAAUUACUAGGGAAAUUUCUAGAUCGUCGUAAAAAGCGUCAAACCAACAGACGCAGACGGCGUGAGUACAGGAGUCUAUCUGAGGAAGAGAGGACCAUCUAUCAUAACGCUGUCAGGUCCCUCAAGUCAAAAAGUCCUCCUCGGAACUACGACACAAUAGCAAGAUACCAUGAAGCCAACGUUGGAAAAUCGGCCUAUGGAGGUCCUAAUUUUCCUGGCUGGCACAGAGUAUAUCUUUUAAUAUAUGAAGAGGCCCUUAUUGAGGCAAGUGGUGGACAGCUGCAGGCCCUCCCAUACAUAGACUGGCGGCUGGACUCCCGACUCAGCGAAUCCACGCAGUCUGUUCUGUGGACACCUCAGUUCCUAGGAACUGGAAAUGGCCUUGUGAAUAAUGGGCCGUUUGCUAACUGGAAAGUGGAUGGCUCGUCACUCAUCCGUAAUGUAGGACUGGGAUCACAGCUUACACCUGAGGCUGAAAUCCAACGCCUUUACAAUAUAAACAGUGUCCGUAGAUUCGGGACUGAUCUGGAGUUUCUUGAUAUUACCACCCAUUCAUAUAUAGGAGGACUGAUGUUAGAUCUACGGAGAGCCACAUUUGAUCCAGUGUAUUUCAUGCAUCACUGCUUUAUUGACUAUCUUUGGUGGCGAUACCAGUGUCCAAACAACAGAUGCAUAAGUGCUAGGUUCAAGUAUCCAGGUACAAGCAGUGAUGGCUUACAUGCUCCUAACAGAUAUAUGGAUAAUUUAACAUUCCAGAACCAAAAACUUCGAAACAGGAGAGGUUACGAUCAAGAAUGGUUAAAUUACUUCACGUAUGAAGACUCGCCAGCAGAAUGUACUAGUGGUUGUUCUUCCUUAUCAAAUCCCGGUGCACUUGACUGUACAUUGACAACUUGUAAAUCUGCCAGGGCUGGUGGAAGUACAGAUGGAAGUGGUGGGGGAGGCGAGGGAACAGAUUACUAUGACAACUAUGAUGAUGGUACACUUCCAAGGAAAAGAAAAACCAUUCCACAAACCUCAAUCCAACAGACUUCCUUUAACAAUGAAUACUUCAUAUGUCGACCAGUACAAAAUAUUUUUACAAUUAAUUGUCAAAGUAAUUCAAAUCAGUGGGGAUUCAUUCCAGUAAAAGUGGUUAAUGUAUGGUCCAGAAAACAGGUGUACAACUCGUAUCCGGUACGAACAGGCAAAAUUCUUGUCUCUUCAUUGAAUGAUAUAUAUGAUCAGCUACCGGGCAUAGAAAAAAUAGAUAACCGGACAAAGCCAGGUAAUCCAAAGAGAUAUCAAACUUGUACAACUGACGAUUCCAGAGCAUUUCGGGUCACGAUCAACUCAUAUGGCUUAAAUUACUAUGGUUUCUAUCAAGAUUACGCCAUCAUGGACAACAGAGCACCUUUGUAUUCGGCGAUGACGUACAUUGCUGUCAGACGUCCGACUAAGUAUAAGCAGAGCCUUGUCUACCUGACAUCGUUUGACAACUGUGGAAGAUUUUGUACUCCAAGAUGUCUUGUGCCUGGGUCGAAGCCACCAAGGUAUAGAAGCUGUACAGGUGCCAUAAAAGUUGACGACAGCCUACCACGGGGAUAUGGUACCUCGUAUGAUGACGCAGUUCUCCUGUACUAUAGUCUCCACGGUGCUGGAAGUUGUCCUCAUACUAUUGAGCAGAGUAUUCCUAUCAUAUUUUACUGUAAUAAGGCAAAUACCUGGCUACCAAGAGCAACGAAUUCUAAUUACUUUGGUUAA